AAGUCCGCUAAAACCAGAAAGCCGUUUGUCUUUGUUUUGUGCCCAUUAAUAAUAAACAUCCCUCUUUCAUCCCCUUUUCUCUGUUUCCCAGCCUCUGGACUUUGAGUCCAAAAAAUCCUACAAUCUAACAGUGGUGGCGACCAACAUACGUGCCGAUUCGGUUACGGGUGGGCCUUACAUGGACCAGGCCACUGUCAAAAUCACCGUUGAGGAUGCAGAUGAACCCCCUGUGUUCACAAAGUCUGCUUAUCUCUUCGAUGUGCAUGAAAACGCUGCAAUCAACACAGUCAUAGGAGCGGUGGCGGCGAGAGACCAGGACGCCACACACAGCCAAGUCAGGUAUUUUAUUGAUAGACACACAGAUUUAGAGAGGCAGUUUAACAUCAAUGUUGAUGACGGGAAGAUCACAUUAGCUAAACCUCUGGAUAGAGAGACGGAUAUGUGGCACAAUAUCACAGUGACAGCCACCGAAGUUCGGAACCACAGCCAGAUUUCCAGAGCAAUAGUGGCGAUCAAAGUGCUGGACAUAAACGACAACGCCCCUGAGUUUGCCACCGAAUACGAAGCAUUCCUUUGUGAAAACGGCAAACCUGGACAGGUGAUUCAAACCAUCAGCGCUGUGGACAAAGACAAUCCUUCCCAGGGACACACUUUCCACUACCGCCUGGAGAUGCUCAACAAUCCCAAUUUCACCAUCAAAAACAAUUUAGAUAACUCAAUCAGCGUUCUUGCCAAGCACGAUUCCUUUCGGCGACAGAAACAGGAGACGUACCUCCUUCCCAUCAUCGUGACUGACGACGGCGAGCCUCCAAUGAGCAGCACGAACACUCUAACUAUCCGGGUGUGCGGCUGCAGCAGGGACGGCAUCGUGCAGUCGUGUAACGUCGAGGCUUUUGUUCUACCCAUUGGUCUCAGCAUGGGAGCUCUGAUUGCAAUUCUAGCUUGUAUAAUUCUACUUCUCGUUAUCUUGGUCUUGUUUGUGACACUGAGGAGACACAAGAAUGAGCCUCUAAUCAUCAAAGAUGACGAGGACGUGAGAGAGAACAUCAUCCGUUACGAUGACGAGGGAGGCGGGGAGGAGGAUACGGAGGCCUUUGACAUCGCCACCCUGCAGAACCCAGAUGGCAUCAACGGGUAUCUGCCAAGGAAGGACAUCAAGCCUGACCUGCAGUUCAUGCCCAGACAGGGUCAGCACUCGGGUCCGAACGGAGUAGACGUGGAUGAAUUCAUCAACGUACGGCUUCACGAGGCAGACAACGACCCCACGGCUCCACCGUACGACUCCAUCCAAAUCUAUGGCUACGAGGGCAGGGGCUCCAUCGCGGGCUCCCUGAGUUCCCUCGAAACGGCCUCCUCGGACUCGGACCAGAACUAUGACUACCUUAGAGAGUGGGGGCCGCGCUUCAGAAGACUGGGCGAGCUCUAUUCUGUGGGCGAGAGCGACAAAGAGACUUGACCUCCAAGCGCUACGGACCUUUUGCUUCUGUCCACAUAACUUGUGUAUUAUGCUACGGGGAUGUUAGACACGGCUGUUUAAAAGGGGGUGGGGGCGCCUUUUUUUAAAUCUUCUUAGAGAGACCUAAUAGCAUUAGUCAUCUACCACAUCAGAGUGCAUCGUAACUUCAGAACUUACCAGUGUCUAUAGUAGGAGGUCAAUGAUUCUUGUGGAGUGUGAGUUUAGAUUACCGUCACUGAGUGUCUAGCAGUAUUUUGGCUAUUUGUUGUUCACUGUGACCACCAAAGGCAUCAGAACCUUGAUUCUUGGUAGUCGCUUGAAAGGACUGGAUGGAAAGGGGACUUUCGGACACCUUGUAGCUCGCUGUGGCUUGGCAGGAGAAAAAGGACUGCAGAGAACUCAAAAUGACACCGCUCCCCAGCGACAACAGAUCUCUUGCCGUCAUUGAGCCAAUCAGAUAAAGGAACAUUUAAAAAAAGAAAGUAAACUAAAUAGCAAUAUGUUGUCUACAUUACUUAUGAAUGUAUGUGUGGUUUAACAAAUGCGAGCGCAAUGAAAAUACGUCACACUGGCUUUAGGAUCUGCCUGCUGAGAUAACGUUUGACCCUUUGAUACUACGUGGCCAGAUUUCUUGAGUAAACUGGAAAAGCCUUGAGGCUUGCUUUAUACAACCCUUUGUAUUCAUAUGCUUUAUGUGUGGUUCACACGCUAAGAUGAUUAGACUGUGUAAGACUGCGUUGAGGACAACAAGAGAAUUGUGGAAACAAUGAGGCCUUCGUUCUUCAAAAGCAAGCAUUAAAUACAGUUGUAUUCCAAUGUAUUUUUGGAACAUUGAUGGUGUUUCUUCAUUGUUGUGUAUGUUUUAUAUAAAUCUAUAAAUAUUCAUCGCCAAUCGUCUGUUUUGUGCUGCAGGUUUGAGUAUAUUUGUACUUUUUAUUUAUUUAUUUUUAAUGUAAAGUUUCAAGCUUUUCUUCUUCAGCUUAGUUAUAUUUUGGAGCAUCACAUUUUUUUUAUUUUAUUUUUUUUAUUAUUAUUAUUUAUUUAUUUAUUUAUUUUAUUUAAUUUAAUUUUCAUUUUUGAAAUAUUUUCUGAAAUUCACACAGUGAGAUUUGUUAACUACACUGAACUGUGAAAUCCACAAAAGAUUUGUUCUUGACCAGGAAAGAUAAGUCAAUAUUUUAUUGACACUGUGUGCGUGUGUAUAUGUGUGUGUGUGUGUGUGUGUGUGUGUGUGUGUGUGUGUGUGUAUUCCCAUACUAUACCCAGUGAUAUCAGUGAUCAUUCUAAGCACAAUAGUUGAGAAAAUCUAGUCCAUGUUUAUAUUUGACCCCUGCCAUUUUUAAAAUCAAAAAAUCUGAAUCCAUCAAGUAAAGAAAUACAGAAUCAGACAUGCGUAAUGUGCUGCACUGUAUGAUAUUAGAGCAAAAAAAAAAAAAAAAAAAAAAAAACAAAGUUGUACAUAGUCAUUGCUGAUUCUCUUAGCUUUUCUUUCAAGUAAUAGGUUAUGUUUAUGCACGUUAGCUAUUGCACAUGGGAAUCUGGCACUGAAGCUACGUGCAUAUUCUGUUUGUAUCGAUGCGAUUAAUGGCAGUUCUCUUGGACAGACAUGCGAAAAUAUAAAGUAGUCUUUCAUGCAAAUCAUAUUUUCUACUGUGCUUUAAUGCUCAUACACUUGUAUGUUUAAUUAGCUACUCUCUGUAUUGUACUCUAAGAUAUCCAUGUAUUGUUUCCUACUUUGUGAAAUAUAUUUUUAUAAAUA